AUGAAAUUCAGUUACGUGACCUUUGUGCCAAACAAACAACAACAACAACAACAAAAGAAGGGAAAACGAUCCAAACCUCUCUCCAUGGUCUCUUACUUUACAGACACUGAAAGAUUCUCCACUUCAAAUCCAUUCAAUGGUUCUUUGGAUUUGUCGCUCCAUUUCAAUGUGGAAACACAAGUACCAUCUUCACGUCGGCAUGUUCCUCCGCCCGUGCAAAUUGUCAUCCCAACUCCACCACAGUCAACUCCACCACAGCCAUUAGUACCUCAGACAAAUGCCCUACCACUUGUUCGUCCGGAACAACUUCAGCCAAUUCCUCCUCGUCCAAUUCCUGUUCGUGAACCAAACACCAAUCAGCAAGUCGUUGAUCACAAUGAUCACAAUGGUAGUCAUUGUAAAUUGCAAACUGUGUUAUGUCGACCUCUUCGAAAACCUCGUUAUGCUCGUUCAAAGGAUUUGUGUUAUCGAGAAACAAUGAGUCCAGUUUCCUCAAGCAAGUCUAAACAACAACAACAACACUUGACUCGAUCCACUCGUUCAACCACCACUGGAAGGUCCUCACACACCAUGAUGACGAAUCCAUCCAGAGUAAGAACCACCACCAUCUCUUCAACGACCGUCAUGUCACCACCACCACAAAAGUAUGAUCGAGCACGUAUGAUUGCACCUGCCACUUUAAACGUCAAUCAUAUCCCAACUGUACUCUCUCAUUCUGGUUUACAACAAACAUUUCUGGUUUCAAACAGUAAUGGACAAAGAGAAAUGAAUCCAAAUGAAGAAGAAACGUCCGCGGCCACUUUGUUGUCUCAACAUUUGACUCUCACGAGGAAGGAUGAACACGCACCAACAACUCCAAACUCUUGCAGUGGUUCUUUAGAGAAUGCUGAGACAACAACAGUUCCAAGAAAAGUGAGAACGUCCAUUUCUUUAUUUGAGUUGUUGAAUCCUGAGGAUGAUGAAAGUCUUUAA